AUGAACUUCCUGCCCAAUGCGAUGUAUGGAAUGGCAAUGACACCUGGUCAUAGUGGGAUUGCAUCAGCACAGUCAAAUGGACAAGUUAGUCCCUUACAAUUCAAUUUUCCGCCUCAAACCCCGAGUAGCGACGUGGCAAUGGCAAAUGUUAACGCAUAUGAGAACCUGAGCAUCGGCCAGAAGAGGCCUCAUGUGGAUGUCGAUCCUGGUCCUCAGGAGAUGUGGCAGCCAUGUUGUGUUCCCCUUGUCAGUGUAGAUGGUUCUGGGGUGACCGACUUGAGUGACCUCCUCGCCGUUGUGUUCAGGAGGAUGAAGAAAGCCGAAGCUGAAUUGGCAGAUCAAAGUGGGGUAUAUCAGCAGGUCUUGGCCCAAAUUGAUGUUCUUGAAAAGCAGAUUGGAGAAUUAGAGGCUUCAAAAGACUCUGAACCAAGUGGUGAACCUACCAAGAAACAAAAAGAACCUCAGGACAGAGGGAUUAGGAACCGGGUGAUCAGCCAUGCGUUAGUGCAAAUGGAGACCGUUUGUUCAACCCAAAUUGUGGUUGCAAAUGAAUUGGAUUACAUGUCAUCAGAAGAUGAAAAUUCCGGCAAAAUUGAACCAUCAAUUUGGCAGGAGAAGGCAGAUCGUUAUGUCCGACCAGGCCAAACCGCUGUUGAAGUUCGUCGGGUUAAUCAGAUCUACUAUGCAUUGGACAAGAUCAGCUACGAAAACAAAGCAAAAUCAGUACACACAUGCUUUCAUGGAUUCAAAGAAAAUGCGAAUAAUGACAAGCCUAAGAAAUCGGUACCAUCAGUGAUGAUCGAUGUGGAUUGGAAACGACGGACUGGUAACAAGAAAAUGGUUACUCAGAAUAUGCAACUUCAUUUUGAUCUUGACACCCUUGUCAUUCAGGACACAUUGGAGGAGUGGGAGGCUGAUGAUGAAGCUGCAGAUAACCAGGCAGAGGAAGCGGAAACAGGAGCAUAG